AUGUCCGACGACGAAAGUGUUCCUUGUUUCCUGGAGGACGUCCGAGUAAAGUUUGUGGAGGGGAAAGUUAGAGAGCUGCUGCAGCUGCAGCGCCAGACAUGGGACCAGAGAGCUGCUAACCAGGAGGUUCAGACUCUCCUCAAAGACUUCUUAGAAAAGGAGUCUGUUAUAUUUUUUUCCUCAUCAAAAAACACCUGUCUUGUUGCUUCUAAUGAGGCCCCACCUAUUGCUCAAAACAAACACAUCUAUAUUCUCAAGAAGAGAAAUGUUCCCGUAAACACUGAAAACUACAAGUAAGUUCUGCUGUUUGGCCUCCUGAGUCCAUCACCACUGCUGCAGCUGUCAAGCACAGUAGAACAGAUAUGUGUUCCACUGCUGUCCAACAACCAGAACCACCAGAUGUGGCCAAAUCUGAUGUCUGAGGACAUCAUUCGCCAUGUUGAGAACAUGUGCAGUAAGACAACAGUAGUCCGGGGACAGGUGUUAGGGAAAAGUGUUCUCCCUGUCCCAACUGCAACAGAUUGGAUGGAAAAUUCAUACUGCAGCUUCAAAAUGUACAAUAACUAUGACAGGGCACUAGCCCAUGCCAUAGAGACCCAGGUCAUAAACUGGACCAAUCUGAUCCAGAAAAUUUUAAAGGAGGAUUCCUCAGACCUCCUUAUGACAGGCUGUAAUCCAGACCCCAGUGCAGAGCUGAAGUUUUGGGCUUCCAGGAAGAACAAUAUACAGAACAUUUAUCAUCAGCUCCAGAGUCCCGUUGUUCAGAAGAUGGCAAAUAUGCUGGAGAUGAUGGAUAGCAGCUAUCAUCCCACAAUCAGCGCACUAAUUGGAAAUGUAUUUGAUGCCCUUCAAGAAGCCCAGGACAUUGACCUCCAUCUACAGCCACUACACACACAGCUGACUCAGCUGGAAAAGGAAACGUUUCCUCACAUGGAAACAUUCGUCCCUGCUCUGUUCCAUACGCUCUUCCUCAUCUGGACCAACUGCCGAUCUUACCAACGACCAGCACGCAUCGUGGUGUUACUGCAGGAGCUGUGCAAUCUGUUCAUUCAGCAGGCUUCUGCAUACCUCUCUGCUGAUCUGCUACUCAGGGAAGAUCCAGAGGAAAGUCUAGAGAUGGUGAAGAGGAUGAUACAAGUCUUUAGAUGUUUCAGAGACAGCUACCAGACCCAGAGGGAGAGGUUGGCCAACCAUGUGAAACAUGCUCCCUGGGAUUUCCCAUCUGCCAUGAUUUUUGCACGUUUCAACCAGUUCUUUAAUCGUAUGCUACAGCUGGAGGACUUGUUUGAAAUGAUGCUGGACUUUCAGAGGAUGGAAAAACUGGAAUUUGGUGGAAUUAAUGGCAAACUGUACAGUGAGCAUGCUGCUCAGAUGUACAGAGAGUUCAGUCACCAGUGCCAAGCGCUGAAGCACAGUGACAGCAGCCCACUGGACUUCAACUCGCAGGAUUUUGAAAAUGAGUAUAAGGAUUUGAAAGUGAGGAUCGUGGACAUUGAAUGCCGCCUUGCCAGCCUUUUCUGCUUGGCCUUUAAGGAUUGCUCCGGACUGGAAUCAGCAUUUAAACUGCUGACUGUUGUUGGACCCUUUCUGGAGAGGAGACAGAUCAGGCAGAUCUUCAGUCCCAACAUGGUUCUCCUGCAGCAGCAGUUCAGAGAAGAGUUGGAGAGAUGUAAAUGUCUGUUUACUUCCCAGCUCAAUCAGGAGAGUGGUCUGACCAAGAACAUCGCUCACACAUCUGGAGCUAUGAAGUGGGCAAAAAUGCUCCGAGAACGCAUUCAAACACCGUGGGAAAAAAUCAGAAUACUGCUGGACAUGCCUGCAGGAGGUGAAGAGAUGGCCAAGGAGCAUCAGAUGUACAUGGAGAUGUUGAACCUCCUGGACCGAUAUGAGGAGGACAUAUACUCUGAUUGGUGUAAUGGUUUGGAACAGACCUGCUUGAUCAACCUGAACCAGCCCCUCAUCUCCAGAAAUACCUCAUCUGACCUGAUCUCACUCAACUUUAAUCCAAAGCUGACUGAAGUGUUGAAAGAUGUGAAGUAUAUUCAGACUCUCAGUAAGAUCAAGAUACCUGCAGCUGCAAUGGCAGUUUAUGAGAAGCGUGACAUGUUCACAAAGUAUGUGAGCAGUCUUCAGCUGUUGGUACAAUGGUACAACAAGCUAAAGCAGACAGUGCUGGAGGUGGAGCUUCCUCUCAUCAAGGCUGAGCUGGAGUCUAUAGACCUGCAGCUGAAAAGAGCAGAAUCUGACUUGACAUGGCAAGAUCCAGACUGCUGGACCUUCAUCAGCACCGCCAAAGACCUGGUCCAGGACCUCGUAUGUCGAGUCAGUAGAGCCAAGGAAAACUGUGAAACCAUCCAGUCUAUAAUGAAGGGAUGGAGCAAACAGGCCAUGUUUUGCAGGAAGGACAACAAGAAAGGUUCACUGAUCCAGCUGGAAGACAGAGCAGACCGCGUCAACAGGAAGUUCAGCUCCAUGAAGAAGGAUGGAGACUCAAUAAACACACUGCUGCAGGAGAAUAUGAUCCUUUUCCACACUGAAGCUGCGUCAGAAGCAUGGCAGGCCUACCUGGAGUACGUGGAUGAGAUGGUGGUGGAGGGGCUCUUCAGCCACAUCAACCACUCUCUCCAGUUCUUUGUGGACAACAUGGAGACAUGGCCCAACCAGAAUCCUCUGUUUGAGGCUCAGUUGAUGCUGAGUAGCUCAGGAAUGGUUUUCCUGCCCUCGCUGGAGCAAGAAGCAGGAGACGGCCUCUAUGAGCUGGUAGAAGGUCUGCUCGGAGACAUAUUCAAGACUUCGGUGAAUAUCAACAGAGUGGCUGCUUAUCUUGGCAUGGAGAGCUACCAGGAUGUAAUGGAUGAGAUGCUAGAUUUGUUGGACCUGAGACAAGAAAUAAUGGAGCGAGUGGUAAAUGUCCUCAACAAGGCGAUAAAUUACCAGAGGAAGUUUGACUGCUACACCCAUCUCUGGCAAGAGGACAGGGCUGAGUGUCUCAGCCAGUUCCUCCUGUACGGACGUGUCCUCACGUCUGAAGAGAUGGAGGCUCAUGGAGCAGAUACUCUCCCUGAGAGCCCGCCUACCAUCCAUAACUUUAAAGAGCAGAUAGAUUAUUAUGAGGAUCUGUAUGCUGAAGUUUCCAAACUUGAAGACUUUAGAGUGUUCAAUGGAUGGUUUCGGGUGGAUAUCAAGUUCUUUAAAGUGAGCCUCCUUAACACCAUAAAGAAGUGGAGCUGGCUCUUUAAAGAGCACCUCUUGACAUAUGUCACAAACAGUCUGGAUGAGCUGCAGAAGUUCGUCCGAGCCACUGUUGAAGGGCUCGGCCAGCCUGUGGCUAAAGGGAACCAGUGUGGCCUGGUGGAAGUCAUGAGUCACCUGCUGGCUGUCAGGGACAGACAAGCAGCCACCGACAAGAUGUUUGAGCCUUUUAGAGACACAAUAAACCUGCUGGAACAUUAUGGAGUGACCAUACCAGAGCAUGUCUACUGUCAGCUGGAGGAACUUCCUGAGAAAUGGAGUGCAGCAAAAAAAUUGGCCUUAAAAGUGAGGCAUGAGGUGGCACCCAUGCAGAAUGUAGAAGUGAUGGUGAUACGGAGACGAUGCAUGACAUUUGAGGUGAAACAAAGCAAAUUCAGAGAGAUGUUCAGAGUCACAGCGCCCUUCAGUUACAAUGCGGUGCAUCCCUACGUCAGUCUGGAAAAAUCUGAAAAAGCCAUCCGAGCCAUGGAGAAAGAGGUAGCAGAGCUACAGGAGUCCACCAACCUGUUUGACGUUACUAUUCCUGACUACAGAGACAUCAAGCUCUGCAGGAGAGACAUCACAGUCCUCAAACAACUGUGGGACAUUGUUGUAUUUGUGCAGAGCAGUGUGGAAAACUGGACAAUGACCAAAUGGAGGCAGAUAAACGUGGACCAGAUGGAUGCAGAAUUGAGGAGGUUUGCCAAGGACAUACGGAAGCUUGACAAAGAAGCUCGUGUAUGGGAUGUGUAUUGUGGGUUAGACCUUCAUGUAAAGAACCUGUUGACGUCACUGCGGGCCGUGAAUCAGCUCCAGAAUCUGGCAGUACGAGAGCGCCACUGGGUGCAGCUAAUUAGAACAACACAGAUGGACUUCACUGUGACGGACAGCACCACCCUGGAGGACCUCUUGGCUCUGCAGCUCCAUUUGUUGGAGGACGAAGUUCGCAACAUCGUGGAUAAGGCAGUCAAAGAAAUGGCCAUAGAAAAGGUUGUGACAGAAAUAAGUAAAAUGUGGGCCUCGAUGGAGCUUUCAUAUGAAGAUCAUUACCAGACCUCUGUGCCUUUACUUAAAUGUGACGAGGAACUUAUUGAAACUCUUGAGGAUCAUCAGGUUCAGCUCCAGGGCGUCUUCCAGAGCAAGCAUGUACAUCACUUCCUGUCCCAGGUAGUGGAUCUACAGAAGCAGCUGACUGUGGCUGACUCUGUGCUGAUGGUCUGGAUGGAGGUCCAGAGGACCUGGUCCUACCUGGAGAGCAUCUUCAAGAGCUGUGAGGACAUCUGCCAACAGCUGCCUGCAGACACACACAGGUUUCAAGCUAUCGAUGCUGAAUUUCAGGACUUAAUGUUGGACAGUGCUAAGACUAAAAAUGUCAUUGAGGCCACCAACAAACCUCAUCUUUUUGAGAAGUUAGAGGAUCUACAAAGAAGGCUUGCAUUGUGUGAAAAAGCUCUUGCUGAAUAUCUGGAAACAAAGAGACUUGCUUUUCCACGAUUCUACUUUAUUUCCUCUGCUGACUUGUUGGACAUCCUCUCUAAAGGGAGCCGCCCCAGAGAGGUAGCUGUCCACCUCUCAAAAUUAUUUGACAACAUGUCGGAUCUUGAGUUUGCCAAGAAUGAGCAGUUGGAUAAUCCUAAAGUUGCAGUGGGCAUGUACAGCAAAGAGAGGGAAUAUGUCCCAUUCCAGACCGAAUGCUGCUGCUACGGACCGGUGGAGACAUGGCUUACUCACCUGGAGGAGUGUAUGAAGGAAAGUGUGCGGGGCCACCUGUCCGAGGCGGUGUGUGUUUAUGAGGACCGGUCCAGAGAGACGUGGAUCCUAGACUUCCCUGCCCAGGUGGCUCUUACUGGAUCUCAGAUCUGGUGGAGUAACGACAUGGAGCUGGUGUUCAAAAGACUGGAGGAAGGAUUUGAGUCUGCACUGAAAGAUUACAACAAGAAACAGAUUUCUCAGCUCAACCUGUUGAUUGGCAUGCUGCUGGGAGAUCUGAACCCAGGCGACAGACAGAAGAUCAUGACUGUCUGCACCAUUGACGUCCAUGCUAGAGACAUUGUAGCCAGUCUCAUUGCCCAGAAGGUCUCCAGCUCACAGGCCUUCCAGUGGCUUUCCCAGCUCCGCCACUGCUGGUACGAGCAGCAGCAUCACUGCUACGUGAACAUCUGUGAUGCUCAGUUCCUUUACUCAUAUGAGUAUCUUGGAAAUACACCACGACUCGUCAUCACUCCCCUCACAGACCGGUGCUACAUCACCUUAACUCAGUCGCUCCACCUGACCAUGAGUGGAGCCCCAGCUGGUCCUGCUGGGACAGGCAAGACCGAGACCACUAAGGAUCUGGGCAGAGCCUUGGGGGUCAUGGUCUACAUCUUCAACUGCUCUGAACAGAUGGACUACAAGUCGAUUGGAAACAUCUACAAGGGUCUGGCCCAGACUGGAGCUUGGGGUUGCUUCGAUGAGUUCAACCGUAUCGCUGUGGACGUUCUGUCAGUUGUGGCGAUGCAGGUCAAAACUAUACAGGACGCCAUUCGCUCCAAAAAGAAAAGGUUCCUGUUCCUGGAUAAAGACAUUGUCUUAAAGCCUUCUGUGGGGAUCUUCAUCACCAUGAACCCUGGCUAUGCAGGCAGGGCAGAGCUACCUGAGAACCUCAAGGCCCUGUUCAGACCCUGUGCCAUGGUGGUGCCUGACACUGAGCUGAUCUGUGAGAUCAUGCUGGUGGCAGAAGGUUUCCGUGGUGCGAAGCUCUUAGCCAGGAAGUUUAUCACUCUGUAUACUCUCUGCAAAGAACUUCUCUCAAAGCAGGACCACUAUGAUUGGGGUUUGCGUGCUGUGAAGUCUGUUCUGGUUGUGGCAGGAGCUCUGAGAAGAAGAGACAAGAGCAGACCAGAGAAUCAGGUGCUGAUGCGUGCGCUGAGGGAUUUCAACAUGCCUAAAAUAGUGACUGAGGAUGUGACUAUCUUCUUGGGGUUGCUGGGAGAUCUGUUUCCCGGCGUGGAGGUGGAGAGAGAGAGAGACUGUGAAUUUGAAAGAGCCAUCCGAAAGACCACCCUGGAGCUCAGACUGCAGCCUGAGGAGACAUUUAUCCUCAAGGUGGUGCAGUUGGAGGAGCUGAUGGCGGUGCGUCACUCGGUCUUUGUUGUUGGAAAUGCAGGGACGGGGAAGAGCCAGAUAUUGAGAGUCCUCCAUAAAACCUAUGUAAACAUGAAGAGAAAGCCUACAUGGAAUGACCUCAAUCCAAAAGCAGUAGACAGAGAUGAAUUGUUUGGUUUCAUCCAUCACGCAACUCGAGAGUGGAAAGAUGGUCUUCUUUCAUCACUGAUGCGAGAACAAGCAAACAUCUCCCACUCAGGACCUAAGUGGAUUGUGUUGGAUGGAGACAUUGAUCCGAUGUGGAUUGAAUCACUCAACACAGUGAUGGAUGACAACAAGGUGUUGACUCUUGCCAGUAAUGAACGUGUGCCACUCACUUCCUCCAUGAGACUGGUGUUUGAGAUCAGCCACCUGAGGACGGCCACGCCUGCUACCGUCUCCAGAGCAGGAAUCCUCUAUGUGAACCAGCAGGACCUGGGCUGGACCCCGUACGUUGCCAGCUGGAUUGACCAACGAGAACGACAGACAGAAAGGGCCCACCUCACCAUACUGUUUGAAAAAUAUGUUCCUCGUUGUCUGGAACAGAUGAGAAACACCUUCAAGACCAUCACUCCCAUUCCAGAAAACUCUAUGGUGCAGACCCUCUGCACUCUGCUAGACUGCCUCCUAACACCAGAAAAUAUUCCCCCCGACUCUCCCCGAGAGCUCUACGAGACCUACUUCACCUUCGCCUGCAUCUGGGCUUUUGGAGGGGCCUUGUAUCAAGACCAGAUGUAUGAUUACCAGAUGGAGUUCAGUCAGUGGUGGACCAAAGAGAUGAAGACGGUGAAGCUCCCGGCUCAGGGGACGGUGUUCGACUACUACCUGGACCCUCAAACCAAACGCUUCCUGCCCUGGAGCGACACUGUGCCUCCGUUUGAAAUGGAGCCUUAUGCACCAUUACAGGCUGUUCUGGUGCACACAGCAGAGACUGUGCGUCUUCGCUACUUCAUGGACUUGUUGCUGGAGAGGAGACAGCCACUGAUGCUGGUGGGGAACGCUGGAGUGGGAAAGACUGCACUUGUCAAGAACAAGUUUGACUGUCUGCCAGAAAGUUACAUGACUACAAAAGUACCCUUCAACUACUACACUACCUCCCUCAUGCUGCAGGUGAUUCUGGAGCAGCAGUUGGAGAAAAGAGCAGGCAGAAGCUACGCCCCCGUAGGAAACAGGAGGAUGAUCUAUUUUAUAGAUGAUAUUAACAUGCCAGCUGUCGACAGUUAUGGAACAGUGCAACCUCACACACUGAUACGUCAGCAUCUGGAUUAUGGCCACUGGUAUGACAGGCAGAAACUGAGCUUGAAAGAAAUACACAACACCCAGUAUGUCGCCUGCAUGAAUCCAACUUCUGGAAGCUUCACCAUCAACCCCAGGCUGCAAAGACAUUUCUCAGUGUUUGCGGUGAACUUUCCUUCUCGUGAGGCUCAGACGUCUAUUUUCAGUCAGAUCCUUUGUGGCCACCUGAAGCAGCAGCUCUUCAGUCCAGCGGUUCAGAGGAGCGCUGCAGCUGUGCUCCAAGCUGCCAUAACGCUUCACCACAAGAUGCUUCACAGCUUCCUGCCCACAGCCAUCAAGUUUCACUACACAUUUAAUCUACGAGACCUGUCUAAUGUGUUUCAGGGCAUCCUGUUCGCUGGGCCUGACAGUUUGGUGGAGAGCUCUGACCUGGCACUGCUGUGGCUCCACGAGUCCUGCAGAGUGUACUCAGACAGACUGGUGCAUGUCAGGGACCUGCAGCUCUUCCGGAAGCUCCAGAUGGAGACUGUGCAUGAAUGCUUUGAGGGACUGGAGGACAAAAAGGUGACGAAGCAGCCCCUCCUCUAUUGCCACUUUGCCCAAAUGGGCGAUGAAGCCUCCUAUGCUCCUGUUAGCGACUGGGCUACGCUCAGGUCCGUCCUAUCAGACGCCCUGGAGAGCUACAAUGAGCUCCAUGCAGCCAUGGACCUGGUGCUGUUUGAAGAUGCCAUGCAGCAUGUCUGUCACAUCAGUCGUAUCCUGGAGUCUCCGCGGGGUCACGGGUUACUGGUCGGGGUCGGGGGCAGUGGGAAGCAGAGCCUGACCCGUCUGGCUGCCUACAUGUCCUCUGUGGAAGUCUUCCAGAUCACCCUGAGGAAGGGUUAUACCAUCCAGGACCUCAAGAUGGAUCUGGCAGGUUUGUUCUUAAAGACUGGAAAGAGGAACCAGCGUGUUGCUCUGCUGCUGACUGAUGCUCAGAUACCUGAUGAGCGCUUUCUGGUCAUAAUUAAUGACUUACUAGCAUCAGGAGAGAUUCCUGAGCUCUUUAAUGAGGAGGAGGUUGAAGGUAUUGUGUCGGCUGUGAGAGGAGAAGUCCGAGCUUCAGGACUUGUUGACAGCAGAGAGAACUGCUGGAGGUUCUUCACUGACCGAGUCCGGCUCCAGCUCACGGUGGUUCUGUGUUUGUCUCCGGUGGGCAGCAGCCUCCGUGUUCGGGCCCGUCGGUUCCCCGCUCUGGUCCAAUGCACCACCAUCGACUGGUUCCAUCCCUGGAGCUCAGAAGCUCUGCAGUCAGUCAGCUACAGGUUCAUCCAGGAGAUUCAAGGCAUUGAGCCUGCCGUCCAGGAAUCCAUCAGUCUUUUCAUGGCCUACGUUCACACCAGUGUCAACCAGGCAAGUGAAAAAUACCAGCGCAAUGAGAAGAGGUACAAUUACACCACCCCCAAGAGCUUUCUCCAGCAAAUCACCCUGUACAGAAACCUUCUGGAGAAGAGCCGGGCUCAGCUCCAGCACAAGAUGAACCGGCUUGACAGCGGCCUUCAAAAGCUCCAAACUACUGCUGCUCAGGUUGAGGAUCUAAAAGCUAAAUUGGCAUCCCAAGAAGCUGAACUGACCUUUAAAAACCAGAAUAUUGAGGCUCUAAUUACCAAGAUUGGACUGCAGACUGAGAGGGUUAGCAGCAAGAGAGAGGCUGCAGAUGUCGAGGCACAAAAGGUUGCAGUGAUCCAGGCAGAAGUCUUAGUCAAACAGAGAGACUGUGAGAACGACCUGGCCAAGGCAGAACCAUCACUGGCAGCAGCCACAGCAGCUCUGGACACCCUCAACAAGGUGAAUCUGACGGAGCUGAAGGCCUUCCCCAACCCUCCACCAGCAGUGAUCAACGUAGCAGCAGCUGUGAUGGUGCUGCUGGCUCCUCGUGGUCGGGUGCCGAAGGAUCGGAGCUGGAAGGCGGCGCGGGCCUUCAUGGGCAAGGUGGAUGAUUUCCUGCAGGCCCUGGGGUCGUAUGACAAGGAGCACAUCCCUGAGGUCUGUCUGACUGUGGUGAAACAAGAAUAUCUCAGAAAACCGGAGUUCCACCCUGAUCUAGUUCGCACCAAAUCUACAGCAGCAGCUGGUCUCUGUGCCUGGACGAUUAACAUCGUCAGAUACUACGAGAUUUAUUGUGAGGUCAUUCCAAAGAGACAUGCUCUAUCUCAAGCUAAUGCAGAACUAGAAACCGCAACAGCCAAAAUGUUAGCAGUUCAGAAGAAAUUGGCGGAUCUUGACGCCAGCCUCCAGAGCCUGACAGUUCAGGUUGAAAGGGCUACAGCUGAGAAAAUCAGCUGUCAGGAGGAGGUGACGCGGACCAACCAGACCAUAGAGCUGGCCAACCGGCUGGUCAAGGGCCUUGAGUCAGAGAAGCAGCGCUGGUCCCAGGCGGUCGUUGAGUACGAGAAGCAACAGGAAACUCUGUGUGGUGACGUCCUCAUCACUGCAGCAUUCGUCUCCUACAUGGGUUACUUCACCAGACCGUACCGUGUGGAGCUCCUUAACAACGCAUGGAUCCCUUUCCUUCAGUCUCAGAAGGUCUCUGUGCCCCUGACAGACGGCCUGGAUCCAGUCCUCAUGCUUACAGAUGAUGCCACUGUGGCUGCCUGGCAUAACCAGGGCCUGCCAAACGAUAGGAUGUCCACGGAGAACGCUUCCAUCCUGACCACCAGUGAGCGUUGGCCGCUCAUCAUCGACCCUCAGCAGCAGGGCAUCAAGUGGAUCAGAAACCGGCUCGGGUCAGAGCUGAGGGUGGUGCAGCUGGGACACAAAGGGUAUCUGGAUGUGAUUGAACGAGCUCUUUCCUGUGGAGAAACGGUUCUGAUAGAGAAUCUACCAGAGAAGGUCGACCCGGUCCUGGAGCCUCUGCUGGGCAGGAACACUAUUAAAAGAGGAAGGUACAUUAGAAUCGGGGGCAAGGAGUGUGAAUACAACAGCAGCUUCCAGCUCAUCAUCCACACCAAGCUGGCUAAUCCCCAUUUCCCCCCUGAGCUGCAGGCUCAGACCACCCUCAUCAACUUCACCGUGACCCCGGUGGGCCUGGAGCAGCAGCUGCUGGGGCAGGUGGUGUCCUGGGAAAGACCCGACCUGGAGGCCCUGAAGAUGGAGCUGACCACCCAGCAGAACCUCUUCAAGAUAGAGCUGAAGAGGCUAGAGGACGACCUGCUGAGUCGUCUCUCUGCAGCUCACGGUCGUUUUCUGGGCGAUAUUUCUCUGGUGGAGCAGCUGGAGAACACCAAGAACACAGCUGAUCACAUCCAGAACAAGGUGGCCGAGGCCAGAGACAACGAGACAAAGAUCAACGAGGCUCGAGAACUUUACCGCCCAGCAGCUGAGAGAGCGUCACUCCUCUUCUUCAUCAUCAACGACCUCAGCAGGAUUAACCCCAUAUACCAGUUUUCUCUCAAGAGCUUUACCUCGGUGUUUAACAAGGCGAUGGAGCAUGCAGAAUGGGACGAGGAUGUGAGGAGCAGAGUGCUCAGCCUCUCGGAGGCCAUCACCUACUCUGUAUUCCUGAACACCAGCCAGGGCCUGUUUGAGAGAGACAAGUUAACCUUCUUGUCACACACUGCCUUCCAGAUUCUGCUCCAGCAGGGCCUGAUGGAUGCUCACGAGUUUGACUUCCUUCUGCGUUUUCACGUGGAAGCGUGCAAAGUUAGUCCCGUGUCCUUCCUCUCUCCAGCUGCCUGGGGAGCCAUUAAGACCACCUCCACCAUGGAGGCCUUCAGUGGACUGGAUAAAGACGUGGAGAGCUCUCCGAAGCGCUGGAGGAAGAUCGUUGAGUCCAGUUGUCCUGAGAAGGAGCGACUCCCUCAGGACUGGAAGAAUAAAAGCUCCCUGCAGAAGCUCCUCAUCCUGAGAGCUCUACGGCCUGAUAGGAUGACCUACGCUCUAAGGAACUUUGUGGAGGAGAGCAUGGGAACUAAAUAUGUGGAUGCUGCCAGACUGGAGUUUGACCAGUUGUUUGAGGAUAGUGGGCCUUCAACACCGGUGUUCUUCAUCCUCUCUGCUGGAGUGAAUCCACUCAAAGAUGUAGAAAAACUAGGAUUGAAGCUGGGCUUCUCCAUCGAGCAGGGCACUCUGCACAGCGUGUCCCUGGGCCAGGGCCAGGAGGAGGUGGCUGAGAGGGUCCUGAGGAGCGCCUCGAAGUCUGGACACUGGGUCAUUCUGCAGAACCUCCACCUGGUGUCUGGCUGGCUGCCGUCUCUCGAGGCUCUGCUGGAGUCGGUGGCGGUGGACAGCCACCCGGACUACCGGGUGUUGAUGACGGGAGAAGCAGCAGCGAGUCCGGAGCAGCACGUUCUCCCUAGAACCAUCCUGGAGAACUCCAUCAAGAUCACCAACGAGCCCCCCACCGGCAUGAACGCCAGCCUGCACUCAGCCCUCAACAACUUCAGCCAAGACACUCUGGAUGUUUGCUCCAGAGAACAGGAGUUCAACUCCCUGCUCUUCUCCCUCUGCUUCUUCCAUGCCUGUGUGACGGAGCGUCGUAGGUUCGGAGCCCAGGGAUGGAACCACCGCUACCCCUUCAGCUCCGGAGACCUCACCAUCUCCGCCAGCGUCCUGUUCAACUACUUAGAAGCCAACACUAAAUCCAUGCAGGUGCCCUGGGAGGACUUGUGCUAUCUGUUUGGGGAGAUCAUGUAUGGAGGACACAUCACUGACGGCUGGGACAGAAGACUCUGCAACACCUACCUGCAGGAGUUCAUGCAUCCAAAAAUGUUUGAAGGGGAGCUGUUUUUAUGUCCUGGGUUCCUGGCGCCUCCAUUCCUGGACUACAGUGGCUACCACAGCUAUAUUGAUGAGCACCUCCCCUCUGAGAGCCCGUCCCUGUACGGUCUCCAUCCUAACGCAGAGCUGGAGGUCCUCACCGUCACCUCAGACAACCUCUUCAGGACUCUGCUGGAGCUGCAGCCUCAGGACUCCUGCAGAGGAGAGGGGGCGGCUCAGAGCUCAGAGGACCAGGUCAAGUCUGUGAUUGAAGAUCUCCUGGAGAAGCUUCCUGAGGAGUACAACACGGCAGAGAUCAUGACCAAGACAGCAGAGAGGAACCCCUACAUGCUAGUCUGUCUCCAGGAGUGUGAACGCAUGAAUCUCCUGCUGGCUGAAAUCAGGAAGUCCCUUCAUGAGCUGGAUCUGGGCCUGAAGGGGGAACUCACCGUCUCCUCCAGUAUGGACACUCUGCAGUCAGCCCUGUUCACUGACUUAGUCCCAGAUUCUUGGUCCAGACUGGCCUAUCCCUCCACUAAAACACUGACACAGUGGUUUAAUGAUGUGAUGUGUAGCUGCAGAGAGCUGGACAGCUGGACUCAGGACUUAGUUCUUCCUGCAGUAGUUUGGCUGUCAGGACUCUUCAACCCUCAGUCUUUCCUCACUGCUGUGCUGCAGAGCAUCGCUCGUAAGAACCAGUGGCCCCUGGACAAGAUGGCUCUGACUGUGGACGUCACCAAGAAGACUAAAGAGGACUUUGGACAUCCACCACGGGAGGGGGCUUAUAUCCACGGACUCUUCAUGGAAGGAGCACGGUGGGACACCCAGUCAGGAAUCAUCUCCGAGGCUCUUCUGAGGGAUUUGACCCCAGCCAUGCCGGUGCUGUAUGUUAGAGCGGUGCCUGUAGAGGAGCAGGAACUGAAGAACACUUAUGAAUGUCCCGUUUACCGAACCAAGCAGCGUGGAGCCACGUACGUAUGCACCUUCUACCUCCGGACCAGACAGCCUCCAGCCAGGUGGGCUGCAGCUGGAACCGCUCUGCUGCUGUCCGUCUGAGACACCAGGGGGCGGGACUAACAGUAUAUAAUAACU